UCCAUUUCUGGGUGUGAGGUCAAUGUUAGCAAGGGAGUUGAUUUUGGGCCCUCUGAGGGAAAAAAUAAAACAAAACCAACAACUCACAAAUAGAAAUACACAUGCUCCCCCGGAAUAUGGCAGCAGGAAGUGGUUUGGAUUUAGUCUCUGCCACUUCAGAGGGUGCAACAGUCCUGGAGAAGGCGCGUCAACACGUUUUGCAAACUGUAGAGCACAGUGCGCCUAAGGAUCUGUGGUUAAGCAGUGUUAGGUCUGGCUGGGCAGGUGAAGAAAGAAGGGCCAGAAUUUGGCUCUAGGAACAAGAGAGGUACCAUUUCAUCCCCACCCUCCUUCAGGGGCUGGCUCCCCCGCCGCCAAAUGCCCCGCGGGGGGAAGCGUGCGUGAACCGCAGACUUGGGCUCCCGGCCUGUACUUGGCCUUCUCCGUCAUUUCACGCGCCGGUGCCUUCCCCGCGUUGCCAUGCGUAGUGGAAAGCGCCGUGGAAAAACUAAGAACUGUAACAAGCUGUCAUGACUCAAAGACUCCUGGAAGAAGUCUGCGGCACGUUCAGGAGCAGCGACCGGGCCGCGGCCGUCUGUCCGCCUGUCUGGGCCCCGCUCGCUCGGCGGCGCGUGGGCCCCUCGGGGGUCGGGGCGCCGGGGACCGGCCCGCGCAUUCCUGGCCCGGGAGGAGAGCGCGGCGGGCGCCCUGCGCGAGCAGCUGGCUGCGCGCUGGCCGGCUCCGAGCGCCGAGAGCUGGGGGAGGAGCCUGGCCCGGCCGCCGCGCGCCCAGUCAUUGGCCUUUUGUGCUGCUACUUUGCCCAAGCCCUUCGCCGAGCCGCGCCGCCCCCGCGCCCGCCCCGCGCCGCUGCCCCGGGAAAGUUUGCGUCCCCGGGCCGAGUCGGGCAGUGGAGACUCUUUGCGCCGCCGUCCGCCUCGGAAAACUUAGCUGCUGGGGGCUUUUUGGCAGUUCCGUCCCAGAAGGAGGGCGGCUCCGUGCGGGCCAUCGCGAUCGCCUCGGGGCCGGGACUGGUUAAGGGGAAGAAAGAGGCUAAACACACAUUUGUGUCCCCUGCUGGCAGAGGAGUGCGUCUGCGGGGGAGCCGCGGUGCCCGGGGCGUCUGCUCUGGAGGCUAGUUCCGUCGGUGGGACCGACUGGGAUCCGCGCCCGCGGCUGGGAUCCUCGCCCCUGGUUGAGGUCCCCGCCCGCGGUUGGCGUCUAUGCCGGUGGCCAGGUCCUCGCCCAGAGUUGGGGUCCCCGCCCGCUGUUGGGGUCCAUGCGCGUGGCCGCGGUCAGUGCCCACGGUUGGGGUCUGGCCCGUGGCCGGCUCUGCGCCCUCCCCGCUGGGUUCCUUCUGAGCUCGUGUGGUCCCACCCGGUCGCGCAGGGGCACCCCCUGCGGGCCACAGCGGCGCGUGGAUUAGCCAUAAAACUCUGCACUGGAUUUCCUCCGAGUUUGGGACUUUUAAAUUCUCUAAUAGUUACGUCAGCGGGGCCGAGCGCACUUCAGAGCUCCAGCGCGGCACGUGACCCGCCGGAGCUUCCCCUUCGCGUCCUUGGCUCCCGGGGCCCCUGCCGGAGUCUUCCUCUGCCUUUGGAGGUCCUGGAAAUGCACCUUCAAAAAGUACAGUCAUUUCACUGCACAGGCUCAGCACGCUUUCUGCAGCAAAGGUGUUGCAUGGGGUUCCUGUUUGUUGAACACCUCAGUGCUUCUCUUUUCUUAAAAGGGCAUCGUCAUCAAUGUCAUGUUAUUAUUGUUGUUGUUAUCUUAUCUUAUGGCUCUGUCAAAUGCUAGAUGUGGUAGUAGGUUGAAAUACAACUGAAGUAGACGUUGUGCGAAAAAUGUCUCUCCCAAGCAUGGGUGGCCAGGGGAGGUGGAAAUAGAAGCAGAGCUUAGGGUAGGGCAGCCAGGGGGCUUAGUGCCCAAGGGAGUGUGUGUGCACGUCUUCAUACGUGUGCGUGCAUGUGUACGUAUGACUGUCCCAAGCCCUUCUAUCACAGCACGUGGAAAUCAAGGGUCCUGGUGUGGUUUUCUAUCUGUUUUAUGCCAGAGUAGGGUGAAGCUCUGUUAUGAGGCAGAGAACUCUCUGUUCUUAUUUCUCUGGGAUUCCCUAUUGAGGCCACUUUUCGAAAGCUGUUUUCAUUGUAUUUGGAAGUGACUUUGUCUGGGGCCGUGUCCUGAGGCUGGGUCUCAUCUGUGGUGUUCAUCCAUUCAGAUACACUUGUAUAUUUCAAAGCUGAGUCUUCCCCAGUGUUUUGGGGGGCCCCAUUCUCAUAGUUGAUGGAACCUGGAGGAAAGAUUUUUAUGGGAAUUGUGGAGUAAGUUACCUCCCAGAGCAUUGGGCUUUCCUGUUUCUAAGGUCAAGCCGGGAGCUCUUCCAGAGAAUGGGGCCAGUUGUGCUGGGCAGGUGAGUGGAAGGGAGUGGAGUCCCAUGGGACUGCUUCUCACAGGCUCUCCCUGGGGCCUGGGCACUCUCGGAGGAGGAGAGUCAGAGCAGGAAAUAGGUCAGGCACCUUGUGCACACACCACAGCCAACUCUCAGCUACCCAGACCCUCUUCUUUGGCUCCUGCAUUGUCGCUAGUCCCUCAUCAAAAGUUACUUCCCAAGCCUCAGGUAGGCCAGGCACUGGGGUCUGACCCAUACACAGGCCUUACUGCUUAUGGAAAUCCACAGAGCACAUGCACUCCCUGUGGGAAGCUUAGAACUGGCCUCUGGUGCCUCUGUUUGCCUCCAUCCCUUUUGUCUCUCUAAGCUUGAGCACUUAGAAUAUUUCAGCUGGAAGGAAACUUAAAGAUCCAGGUUUCAUUUUAUAGAUAGGAUAAAGGAAGCUCAGAAGUCUAGGGUCUUAGCCAGAGUCACAUGUGAAGGUGGGACUCAAACCCAGGACCCACACACCUGGCCCCAUGUUCUCUCCGCCAAGUCCUGUGGCCUCCUUGGUUCCGUCGGCUUUGUAUGGCAGUUAUUUACAUUUGUCGUUUCCAUGGAGACAGACACGGCCUCGGGGAGGACUUGUCUAGUUUGCAAUUCCACCCCACAGGAGUGACGUGGGGCCAGGGCGGCAAAUGGUGGUUGGAGUGAAUAAGACAGCCCCUGCUUUCAAGGAGGGUGUGUGUGUGUGAGUGUGGGAGACACCCGAGCGUACACACUGGGCAGACUUUAUGGUGAGGGUAACACCCCAGGAGGGGCCUGUCUAGAAGUGUAUGAGGGUGUUCUGGUUGUCCCAGUGACAGGAGAGGGCACCGCUGGCAUCUGGCUGGUGAGGGUCAGGGAUGCUGUGCGUGGGACUGUCCUUCACAACCAAGAACUGCCUCCCUCAAAUGCCAGUAGCACCCCCUGUAGCAGACACUGCAAGGGCCGAGGAAUGGGAUUGGGAAGACGAGAGAUGGGGGCCUCUGGCUUGCUAGGCCCCAGGCUGCAGGUGUGGAUGAGGGCUGGGUCGACAGAUGUGUGUGUGAGUGUGUGUUUUCUCCUGGGACUCAGUUCCACGGCCCAGAGCAAAUAGUUCUUGGAUUAACUGUGGUUUGGGUUUAGCAGGCCCUGGCACCUUUUGCACGGGCAAUCAG